AUGGGCCCACUGUUGGCCUUCUGUCGUCAGUCAAUAAUAGAAGUCUCUAAGCUGACACAGGCCUGCACCAUAGGCUUACCUUUCCUGCCAGUGGACACCUGUGCCAAGGCUCCUCAGGUAGCGGGCAUCAAAGUUCAGCUGGAGACGUUCGAACUGUGGCAACAGUUUGACCAGCUUGGCACAGAGAUGAUAGUCACAAAAGCUGGAAGGAGGAUGUUCCCUACCUUUCAAGUGCACAUCACAGGCAUGGACCCUGCAGCAGAGUAUGUUCUCCUGAUGGACUUCAUUCCUAUUGAUGAUAAGAGAUACAGGUACGCCUUCCAUAGCUCUUCGUGGCUGGUGGCAGGGCGAGGGGACGCAGCAGUGCCGGGACGAGUCCACUUCCACCCGGACUCACCGGCCCGCGGGGCUCAGUGGAUGAAGCAGACCGUCUCAUUCGACCGCCUGAAACUCACCAACAACCUGCUGGACGAUAAUGGCCACAUCAUCCUGAACUCCAUGCACCGGUAUCAGCCUCGGCUUCAUGUGGUUCUGGUGGAUCAACGAAAGGACAGUCAGCUCACUGCCCAUCGCAACUUCUGCACCUUCUCCUUCACCGAAACGCGUUUCAUUGCAGUCACAGCCUACCAGAACCACAGGAUCACUCAGCUGAAGAUAGCCAGUAAUCCCUUCGCCAAAGGCUUCCGCACUACAGACUCUGAUACCUGGUCAGCCAGUAGUUCCAGUCAUCACCUUCCUCACUCCUCUUUGGCAAUGCAGCCUCGAGACAGCGCACCACAGCCUGGCACUACCAGUGAGGACCAGCACACAACAGACAAACAGCAUCUGAACAAGCUUUCAACUCAUCAUGGUGUUCUCCCCCGUUUAGCACACAAUGAGCAGACCCUCCUGUUCACUGGGGCAGCAGCCAGUACCACUGAGAGCAAAAAGAGGGGGAGAGAUGCUCAUGUCCACUCAACUCCAGUUUUCCUCCACUUCCCCUGCCAGUAAGACAGUCCAA